AGGCGUGAAAAGCCAAAGAACCGGUUUUGUGCACCCGCCCAUCUCCAGAAAGAAACGCCCUCUUCCACGGUGUUUUAAAGCGGCUGUGGAAACCGUAGCAGCCACAUUCGGUUCCACCAAGUGACACAAAAUGACGAUGAAACUGGCUUACUGGGAUAUUCGCGGGCCCCCCCAGCCUAUCCGCCUGCUGCUGGAGUACACCGGCACCAAGUAUGAGGACAAAUUUUACAAGUGUGGUGAAGCACCCGACUAUGACAAGAGCUGCUGGUUUAAUGAAAAGGAAAAACUUGGAAUAGACUUUGCCAAUCUGCCCUACUUGGUGGAUGGAGAUAGGAAGAUAGUUCAGAGUAAUGCUAUCAUGAGAUACAUCGCUCGUAAGCACAAUAUGUGUGGAGAGACUGAGGAUGAGAAGGUCCGCGUGGACAUUUUGGAGAACCAGGCGAUGGACUUCAGAAACGGCUUUGUGAUGAUGUGCUACACUGACUUGGACAAAAUAAAGCCUGGAUACCUUGAGAAGCUGCCAGGAACACUCAAGCAGUUCUCAGAUUUCUUGGGAGACAGGAAGUGGUUUGCAGGUGACAAGAUCACUUUUGUGGACUUCCUUUUGUACGAGCUGUUGGACCAACACAGGAUGUUCCAUCCUGUGUGCCUGGAUAACUUCAAGAACCUCCAAGAUUUUCUGGACCGUUUUGAGGCGCUGGAGAAGAUUUCUGCUUACAUGAACUCAAGCAGAUUCAUGAAGACUCCUGUCAACAACAAGAUGGCCAAAUGGGGAAACAAGAAAGAUUAAGGGGACAAUGUGAAAAGAACAGUGUGCAACUAGUUCAGCAAUAAAUUCCCCAGUUAGCUUGUA